GGGACCAACUUGCUUGAAAAGAGUUAUGAAAGACCCCAUACGGCUUCGCUUUUAUUACACACUCUCCCAAACCAGUUUCUCUCUUUCUUUUUUUUUUGCGUCUAACGUCUAUCGGCAACUAUCGCGUUUCGUUCGAAGAAGCGUUUUGUUGUAUUGAUUAUAAGACGUGGUGGACAAAGAAAGAGCCAAAAACGGCACUUUAGCAUCUCUGUUCUAUUGCUCGCUUGCUCUGUGCCUAAGGAAAACACCUAAAAUUAACACAAAAGAGAGAAAGAGAGAGAGAGAGGGACAUGCAUGCGAAGACAGACUCGGAGGCCACUAGCAUCGACGCAGCGUUGUCAUGGCCGCCGCGUUCUCCGCCGCGUUCGGCGGUUAGACCUCUAUACUACGUACAGAGCCCAUCAAACCACGACGUCGAGAAGAUGUCAUUCGGGUCGGGUUGCAGCCCGUUGGGUUCGCCCUCACACCCACAUUAUUAUCACUGCUCACCAAUCCAUCACUCCCGCGAGUCAUCCACCUCUCGCUUCUCCGACCGUGCCCUCCUCUCCUACAAGUCCAUCCGCGAAGGAAGCGUACGCCGCCGAUACAUCAACAACGCCAUAGACGACGAAACGGACGGUGGAGAUGACGACGACCCCUUUCGGAAUGUGCGCCUCUACGCCUGCUUGAUCCUCUCCUUGUUCCUCUUGUUCACAACCUUCUCUCUCAUACUCUGGGGUGCUAGCAAAUCCUACCCUCCUAAAGUUGUCGUAAAGGGGAUGCUCGUGAGGAACUUGAACGUGCAGGCAGGGAACGAUCUGAGCGGAGUCCCCACGGACAUGCUGUCUCUUAAUUCGACGGUCAGGAUCUUCUACCGGAACCCCUCCACCUUCUUCGCCGUCCACGUCACUGCUUCCCCUCUCCUUCUCCACUACUCCAACCUCCUCCUCUCCUCCGGUGAGAUGGAGAAGUUCACGGUGGGUCGGAAGAGAGGAAAGAGCGUUGUCACGGUGGUGCACGGCCAUCAGGUUCCCCUAUACGGUGGUGUCUCUGUCCAUCUCGACACACUCUCCCUGCCCCUCAAUCUCACUCUCAUCCUCCAUUCCAAAGCAUACAUUCUGGGCAGACUCGUCACCUCCAAGUUCCAUACAAGGAUUAUCUGCUCCUUCACUCUCAAUGCCAACCGCUUCCCCAAACCCAUCUCUCUUCUCCACUCCUGUACUCAUCACCACUGACACCACGUUACACACUUGUCUGUGUUCUUGGAUAUAAUAUGUAUCUUCUUGCAAUCAACCAAUUUCAUCCAGCAGCAUUGCCAAUUGCCACAGACAAAUCAAAAAGUGAUGGAACUCAUCACAUAUUAGUGUAACUAGAUUACAGUUCCACCGCUUUAUUAGAGCCAAGAAUCUUAUAUAAAACAA